UUCAACACUGGUGCUAACAUUAACUUAAGUAUCAUUGUGAUAAGCACAGUACUUACAUUGAAACUUGUCUAUUUUUUGUCACAGGAUGAUGGACAGAAGAGGGAUUCAGGACAAAAGUCCAAAGGAACAGACCUGUCCCCAUUGAUCAUGCCUGUGUCUGUCCCAGUCUCUGUGACAAACAUUUUAGGCCCCCAAGCUUCCACACAACAAGCCAAGAGGUCACAGACUCGUAAAGGUGCAUCUAGGAGUUCUUGUCAUCUUGACCCUUUAAACUGCCUCAUCAUCCCCAGUCCACCUCUGCCUCUUCUAUCUUCCCCACAAUGCACCGAUCAUAAGGAAACCCAAGGUUUGCAGAGAAGCUGUGGCAUAGGUGUUUACCCCAGCCAGCUGCGCUCGCCAAAAUAUCUGUCAGACCACCCGCUGAGCCCUAGUUUUCAUCCCCCACCGUACACCCCUCAGCCUAUGCUGAGCCCUCUCCGUUCAGGGACAGGCCUCUAUUCUAAAAGUCUACCGCAACAUCAGCCAUGCUCAUCUCUACCCAGCACCUUUGAUGGUGUCGCCUUCCCAAUCGACAACACAGCCAUCAACAUACAACCGUGA